AUGACUGUCAAGCUCUGGACAUCACCCCUGUCGUGGAACUGCGUGCGGGUGGAGCACGUGUUGGCUGAGAAAGGCAUCGAAGAUGUCGAAAUAAUCCCAGCCGACCUCAUCGGGGGCAAACACAAGGCGAGUCGUCGUUCCCUCAACCCGAGAGCAUCUCUCUUCGGGAGAGUGCCACUGCUGGAGGACGGCGACGUUGUGAUCUUCGAGUCCCGCGCCAUCGCUCGCUAUCUGUGCGAGAAGUAUGCGGCGGUUGGCCCGAGAUUGAUGCCCCCCGAGGGCACCGACGCUGGAACACGUGGCGUCUGGGAGAUGAGGCUGAUCCUCGAAGCGGUCGAGUUUGACGUCCACGUCGCGCCGGUGAUUAGCGAGACCAUCAUUCGACCCGCACUAGGCAAACCCACCGACGAAGCCGUCAUUGCGAGACACAAGCCGAAACUCCUAGCUUGCCUAGACGUGCUUGACAAGGCCCUUUCCGAGCUCCCAUACAUGGGAGGCACCGAGUACAGUCUGGUGGAUAUCUUGUACAUGCCGUGCAUGUUCACCGCGAGUCGGUGCCUGGAGCUUUUCGAGGGGCGACCCAAUCUGAAGAGGUGGUGGGACACCGUCAGUGGCCGGGAAGCGUGGAAGAGGGCCGUCAAGCCGCUUGACGAGGGGUAUGGCCAGGUCGUUCCAGGGUGGAAGAAGUAA